CUGGCCAGGCCUGAGCUUUCAGUGAGGGGAGCAACAGGCUGGCUGGUGACAAGGGGCAAAUGUUUAAAGCAAAGAGAGGGGGAAAAGAAAAAAAGUACCAACAACAAAUUAAUGACAGCAGCCGACCAACACGAAGUGAGUGUGAAAGAGUCAUAAGAACAAGAGAAGAGGACGAGCCAGAGAGUGAAGCUGUGCUGCUGCUGCUGCUGCAGGUGGAGGGCCUGUCACCUUUGAGGACACGCUGAGGUUGAAAAUUAAGACUCUGACAGAGACCAAGAGGACAGCCAUGUUUUCAACCAGACCAGAGAUCCAGCCGUAAAAGAUAAGAGGCGGUCACCCCCGUCUUCCAGAUCCCCCUCUGCCCCUCAGCGCAACCCUCACCACAGCGGCUCCACAGAGGAACAGGAGAGCCCCGAGAGAGUGGUGCAGAAGGAGAAGCUCCAUGCCGAGCUGAAGCAGGUACUGAGCCAGAAGAGAAGUCAUCUGAGAGAGUCGACCUGCCAGCUGGCCCAACCAGAGAUGGACUCUGAGCCAGCAAAUGAACAGACAAGUGUGAAGGAAGCCUCUAAACGUGUGGAAAUUGUGGUGGAGACAGAGGCAGGGGCUGGAGCCAGCGGCUACAGUGUGACUGGUGGAGGAGAGCGAGGGAUCUUUGUUAAAGACGUCCUCAAAGACUCUCCAGCUGCUAAACACCUCAGUCUACAGCAAGGUGACCAGCUGCUAAGUGCCAAGGUCUACUUUGACAAUGUGAGGUAUGAAGACGCUUUAAAAAUCCUUCAGUGCGCAGAGCCAUAUAGGGUCAGCUUCCAGCUUAAGCGAACCAUCCCUGGAGCAGAUGUCAGCGUGCGCCCAAAGGUUCCCAGUGUGGAGGUCAAAGGUCCCAAAGUCAAGAUGGCCAAAAUGAGUGUGAAGGGGACCAAACCAUUCAAGACUCAGAAAAAACGAGGUGGACGUUUUGGUCUGAAAAGGCUAAAAGAGAAGCGAAGAGAGGAGCUGGUGGUAGAGGGAACACCUCCCAGGCUGGAGAUGAGUGAUGUAGAGUUUUCUCUUCCCAAAUUCAAACAAAGGAAAAGUCCAAAAGUUGAAGUAGAGGGAGCCAGAGGAGCAGCAGUUGAGAGGAAGGCAAAGAAGAGGAUCAGGUUCCCGCACAUAAAAACAAAAGGUUAUGCUGGAGCAGAGACGGAAGCAAAAGUGGAGACAGGACGGUUUGAAGGACAAGUGAAUAUUUCCCCAUCUGAAAUGCCUGGAGCUAAAGUGAAAAGCAAAGGAAAAGGACACAAGUUUGGCAUCACCUUUCCUACAAGCAAACACACAAAGUCAGGCUCUACUUUGGAAACUGGAUCUGUGAAGCUGAAGCCUCCGGGGGUAAACAUCCAGCCGCCAUCUGUGGAGUUCAGUUUGUCUGCUAAUAAAGAUGUGAAUGUGGAGAAGGGAGCAUCUAAAGUUAGCAUACCUGAUGUGGAGUUUGCUCUCCCUUCAGGAAAAGCUGAGACAUCUUUGCCCAGUGUGAAGGGAACGGCCAAAAUCAAAGCUCCUGAAAUGGACAUCAAAGGAAGAGCUGAGACAGCUGAAGGAAAAGUUAAUGUAGAUGCAGACAAAGGAGAUGCAAAGGUCAGGAUGCCAAAGUUGAAACUACCCAAAGUUAGACUCUCACACCAUUCAGAUGAAAUUGAUGGUGGCAUCAAGGUAAAAGCUGGAGGCAUCAAAAUGCCUCACACUGACAUAAAACCUCCAGAGGUAGAAAUCAAAGGAGACGGGCAGAUCGGUCUUCCCUCUGUUGAUAUUUCUUUACCUAAAGUGAAGGGAAAGACUGCAAUCAACAUGCCUGCCAGUGACAUCUCUGUAGCUGAUGUUGAUUUGGAAUUAGACAGCGGACGGAGAAUUCCUGAUGAGGUCGAGGGCACUUUUAAAGGGCCCAAAAUCUCUAUGCCAAAGGUUGAUAUCUCACUUCCUAAGAUGGGAUCAUCGGUGGACACUGAGUGCACAGAAGGGGAAGGAAAAUUCUCUCUACCUUCUGUUGAGCUCUCACUCCCAAAGGUCAAAUCAGACAGUGGAGACAUCCAUAUGGACUAUUAUGUUGGUGGUGAUGGAAAAUUCAAAAUGCCUGAUUUUGACAUUUCUCCACCAGGAGAAGUAAACAUAAGGGGACAAGGUGUGGAAGGGGAAUUCAAGUUACCAAACGUGGACCUGAUCCUUCCCAAAGGCAAAGCAGGAGUGACUGAUGUUGAAGGGGAAGGAAAUUUUCAGUUACCACCACUUGAAAUUUCACUCCCUAAAAUGAGGACAGGUGAAGUGGAAGUUACCAUUGAAGGUCCAGCAGUGAAAGGCAGAAAAUUUGAAAUGAAUUUACCUGACAUCUCUCUACCCAAAGGGAAAAUGGAAGGAGACACUGAAAUAGAAGGACUAUCUCAGGAGGAAGGAAAAUUCAAAAUGCCUUCUAUAGAUGUUUCUCUGCCACACCUUAAACAUCCAGAGGGGCCUGAACAUGAGGGUGGAAGUGAAAUCCAGAUACCCUCUGUUGAUAUUUCUCUUGAAAAAGGAAAGACAAAGGGCAAAAUUGAAAUGGAGGCUCCCUCUGCUAAAGGACGAUUCAAAAUGCCUUCACUUGAUGUCAGACUCCCUAAGAUAGGAACAUCUGAAACUGAGGCUAAUUUACAUGGUUCUGAUAUCAAAGGAGGGAAAAUUGAGGCGCCAUCAAUAGAUGUUUCUCUGUCAAAAGACAGGGGAGGGGCUGAAAUUGAUGGAAAAGGAAGCAAUUUUAAAAUGCCUUCAUGCAAUAUAUCCCUACCAAAACUGAAGCCAUCUGAAAAAGAGGUUGUUUUAGAAGGAAGUGAAGUAAAAGGAGGCAAACUCAGAAUGCCCACUGUAGACAUUUCUCCUCCACAAAUAAAGCUACCUAGCCCAGAUGUCAAGCUUGAAGGACCAGAACUUCCAGGUGUUGACUUUUCACUAUCCGAGCCAAACAUCAAGGCCAAUGUGGAGCUCAGUGGCAGUGGGAGUGGCAAGUUCCAGCUCCCAACUUUUGAUAUCUCACUUCCAAAGAUGCCCACCAAAGAAGGAGAAUUUGAUAUUGAAUCUAAAGCCAAGGGAGGAACAAAGUUCAAUAUCCCAUCGCUUGACUUCUCUCUUCCUGUAAUGAAAUCACCAGAGGGAGAGGUAAAGAUUGAGAGCCCUGAAGUCAAAGGAGGAAAAUUCCAGAUGCCUUCUUUGGAUGUCUCACUACCAAAGAUGGAGAAGCCUGAGGGAAAUGUUGUCCUAGAAGGACCUUCACUUGACUUCUCUCCUCCAAAGGGAAAAGCGAAAGGAAAAGCCGAGGGAAACAUACAAGCAAAAAGUAAAGGAGAACCUUUUAAAAUCCCUUCAGUUGAUGUUUCUCUACCUCAGAUCAAAUCAAAGCAAGGUGAUAUAAAUGUUGAAGGACCAGAAAUUAAUUUUGAAGGUAAUGGAGAAGGAGGCAAAUUCAACUUACCAUCUGUUGACAUUGGUCUUCCUGUUGUAAAAUUCCCAGAAGCAGAUGUGAAUUUCCAAGGUCCCAAAAUCAAAACUGGGAAUUUUGAAAUGCCAAAAAUUGACUUGUCCCUUUCUAAGGAAAAAACACAAGAAGACAUAAAUAUUGAUAUUCACUCUGGAAAGGAUGGGAAAAUUGAAAUACCAUCAAAUAAUAUCAGACUUCCUGAAGAAAAAAUUAAAGGUGAUAUAAAUAUUAAAAGUCCUGAAGGAAAAACAGGUAUGUUCAAAAUGCCUCAAGUGGAUAUUUCUCUUCCAAAAAUGAGCCUGCCAGAGGGUGAUGUCAAUGUGGAAGGACCAAGCUUUAAAGGGAAAAUGGAAAUGCCAGCUGUUGAUAUUUCACUUCCAAAAGGUAAAGUAGAGGGAGAUGUUGACACUGGCAUUGACAUAAACAUUGAAGCACCUGAAGGUACAGGGGGAAGGAUAACAAUGCCAAAAUUUGACAUUUCUUUACCAGAGGUAAAUUUUCCUGAGGGUGAUGUCAAAUUAAAAGGACCUGAAACAAAGGGAAGAAAGAUUGAAAUACCAGAUAUUGACAUAUCACUGCCCAAAGGAAAAGUAGAGGGAAAAAUUGAAGGGCACACUGGCAAAGGCAACAAGUUCCACAUGCCCUCUAUUAACAUCUCUCUCCCUAAAAUAAAAUCUAAAAGACAAGAUAUACAUACUGAAGGUCCACAAGUCAAAGGUGGAAAGCCAAACAUGCCAUCCCUAGAUCUUUCUACACCUAAAAUAAAAUCUCAGGAUGUAGAUGUCACACUUGAGGGUCCUGAUGUCAAGGGAGGGAAGAUCAAAAUUCCAACUGUUGAUGUUUCACUUCCUAAAGGAAAGGUUGAGGGUGACAUAAAUAUCGAAGGCCCUGAGAUGAAAGGGGGCAAAUUCAAAAUGCCAAAAUUUGAUGUUUCUUUGCCUAAAGUCAGUCUCCCAAAGGCUGGAGUCGAUGUUGAAGGACCAGAUGUGCAAGGAAAACUUGAAAUGCCCACUGCUGAUAUUUCUCUUCCAAAGGGAAAAGCAGAUGUGGAUACUGACAUUGAAGGAAAAACUGGUAAAGGUGGCAAGUUUCACAUGCCUUCACUUGAUAUUUCUCUUCCUAAAAUCAAAGCAAAGGGACUUGAUGUUGAUAUCCAAGGACCUGAAGUCAAAGGUGAUAUGUCACUCCCAGAAAUCAAGUCUCCAGAGGUAGAUGUCAGCCUCCAAGGUCCAGAUAUUAAAGGGGGGAAAUUUAAAUUGCCCACUGUCGACAUGCCAUCAUUGGAUCUCUCACUACCCAAAAUGAAGUCUCCAGAUGUAGAUGUCACUCUUGAGGGUCCUGAUGUCAAGGGAGGGAAGAUCAAAGUUCCAACUGUUGAUGUUUCACUUCCUAAAGGAAAAGUUGAAGGCAACCUUGAUGUUGAAGGCCCUGAAAUGAAGGGUGAAAAGUUUAAAAUGCCGAAAUUCGAUAUUUCUUUACCAAAACAGAGUCUUCCAGAAGGUGAUGUAAAAAUAAAAGGUCCGGACAUUAAAACUGGAAAGAUUGAGAUGCCAGACAUCAGUAUUUCACUCCCUAAAGGAAAAACUGAAGGAGAUAUUGGAAAAGGUGGAAAGUUCCACAUGCCAUCUGUUGACAUCUCUUUUCCUAAAAUCAAAGCCAAAGGUCCUGAGAUUAAUGUUGAAGGCCCUCAAGUUGAAGGUGGCAGGUUAAAUAUGCCAUCCCCUGAUGUUUCGCUACCCAAAAUCAAGUCUCCAGAGAUAGAUGUCAGCCUCCAAGGUCCAGAUAUUAAAGGGGGGAAAUUUAAAUUGCCCACUGUGGACAUGCCAUCAUUGGAUCUCUCACCACCUAAAAUGAAGUCUCCAGAUGUAGAUGUCACUCUUGAGGGUCCUGAUGUCAAGGGAGGGAAGAUCAAAAUUCCAGCUGUUGAUGUUUCACUUCCUAAAGGAAAGGUUGAGGGUGACAUAAAUAUCGAAGGCCCUGAGAUGAAAGGGGGCAAAUUCAAAAUGCCAAAAUUUGAUGUUUCUUUGCCUAAAGUCAGUCUCCCAAAGGCUGGAGUCGAUGUUGAAGGACCAGAUUUCAAAGGGAAACUUGGAAUGCCCACUGCUGAUAUUUCACUUCCAAAAGGAAAAGCAGAUGUGGAUAUUGACAUUGAAGGAAAAACUGGUAAAGGUGGCAAGUUUCACAUGCCUUCACUUGAUAUUUCUCUUCCUAAAAUCAAAGCAGAGGGACUUGAUGUUGAUAUCCAAGGACCUGAAGUCAAAGGUGAUAUGUCACUCCCAGAAAUCAAGUCUCCAGAGAUAGAUAUCAGCCUCCAAGGUCCAGAUGUUAAAGGUGGGAAAUUUAAAUUGCCCACUGUCGACAUGCCAUCAUUGGAUCUCUCGCUACCCAAAAUGAAGUCUCCAGAUGUAGAUGUCACUCUUGAGGGUCCUGAUGUUAAGGGAGGGAAGAUCAAAAUUCCAGCUGUUGAUGUUUCACUUCCUAAAGGAAAGGUUGAGGGUGACAUAAAUAUCGAAGGCCCUGAGAUGAAAGGGGGCAAAUUCAAAAUGCCAAAAUUUGAUGUUUCUUUGCCUAAAGUCAGUCUCCCAAAGGCUGGAGUCGAUGUUGAAGGACCAGAUUUCAAAGGGAAACUUGGAAUGCCCACUGCUGAUAUUUCACUUCCAAAGGGAAAAGCAGAUGUGGAUAUUGACAUUGAAGGAAAACCUGGUAAAGGUGGCAAGUUUCACAUGCCUUCACUUGAUAUUUCUCUUCCUAAAAUCAAAGCAAAGGGACUUGAUGUGGAUAUCCAAGGACCUGAAGUCAAAGGUGAUAUGUCACUCCCAGAAAUCAAGUCUCCAGAGGUAGAUAUCAGCCUCCAAGGUCCAGAUAUUAAAAGGGGGAAAUUUAAAUUGCCCACUGUCGACAUGCCAUCAUUGGAUCUCUCACUACCCAAAAUGAAGUCUCCAGAUGUAGAUGUCACUCUUGAGGGUCCUGAUGUCAAGGGAGGGAAGAUCAAAAUUCCAACUGCUGAUGUUUCAACUCCUAAAGGAAAAAUUGAGGGCAACCUUGAUGUUGAAGGCCCUGAAAUGAAGGGUGACAAGUUUAAAAUGCCGAAAUUCGAUAUUUCUUUACCAAAAGGUGAUGUCAAAAUAAAAGGUCCUGACAUUAAUACUGGAAAGAUUGAGAUGCCAGACAUUGAUAUUUCACUCCCUGAAGGAAAAGGAAAGGGAAAAAUUGAAGGCGAUAUUGGAAAAGGUGGAAAGUUCCACAUGCCAUCUAUCGACAUCUCUUUUCCUAAAGUCAAAGCCAAAGGUCCUGAAAUUAAUGUUGAACGCCCUCAAGUUGAAGGUGGGAAGCUAAAUAUGCCAUCCCUUGAUGUUUCGCUACCCAAAAUGAAGUCUCCAGAUGUAGAUGUCACUCUUGAGGGUCCUGAUGUCAAGGGAGGGAAGAUCAAAAUUCCAACUGCUGAUGUUUCACUUCCUAAAGGAAAGGUUGAGGGUGACAUAAAUAUCGAAGGCCCUGAGAUGAAAGGGGGCAAAUUCAAAAUGCCAAAAUUUGAUGUUUCUUUGCCUAAAGUCAGUCUCCCAAAGGCUGGAGUCGAUGUUGAAGGACCAGAUUUCAAAGGGAAACUUGAAAUGCCCACUGCUGAUAGUUCACUUCCAAAAGGAAAAGCAGAUGUGGAUAUUGACAUUGAAGGAAAAACUGGUAAAGGUGGCAAGUUUCACAUGCCUUCACUUGAUAUUUCUCUUCCUAAAAUCAAAGCAAAGGGACUUGAUGUGGAUAUUCAAGGACCUGAAGUCAAAGGUGAUAUGUCACUCCCAGAAAUCAAGUCUCCAGAGGUAGAUAUCAGCCUCCAAGGUCCAGAUAUUAAAGGGGGGAAAUUUAAAUUGCCCACUGUCGACAUGCCAUCAUUGGAUCUCUCGCUUCCCAAAAUGAAGUCUCCAGAUGUAGAUGUCACUCUUGAGGGUCCUGAUGUCAAGGGAGGGAAGAUCAAAAUUCCAGCUGUUGAUGUUUCACUUCCUAAAGGAAAGGUUGAGGGUGACAUAAAUAUCGAAGGCCCUGAGAUGAAAGGGGGCAAAUUCAAAAUGCCAAAAUUUGAUGUUUCUUUGCCUAAAGUCAGUCUCCCAAAGGCUGGAGUCGAGGUUGAAGGACCAGAUUUCAAAGGGAAACUUGAAAUGCCCACUGCUGAUAUUUCACUUCCAAAGGGAAAAGCAGAUGUGGAUAUUGACAUUGAAGGAAAAACUGGUAAAGGUGGCAAGUUUCACAUGCCUUCACUUGAUAUUUCUCUUCCUAAAAUCAAAGCAAAGGGACUUGAUGUGGAUAUCCAAGGACCUGAAGUCAAAGGUGAUAUGUCACUCCCAGAAAUCAAGUCUCCAGAGGUAGAUAUCAGCCUCCAAGGUCCAGAUAUUAAAGGGGGGAAAUUUAAAUUGCCCACUGUCGACAUGCCAUCAUUGGAUCUCUCACUACCCAAAAUGAAGUCUCCAGAUGUAGAUGUCACUCUUGAGGGUCCUGAUGUCAAGGAAGGGAAGAUAAAAAUUCCAACUGCUGAUGUUUCACUUCCUAAAGGAAAAAUUGAGGGCAACCUUGAUGUUGAAGGCCCUGAAAUGAAGGGUGACAAGUUUAAAAUGCCGAAAUUCGAUAUUUCUUUACCAAAAGGUGAUGUCAAAAUAAAAGGUCCUGACAUUAAUACUGGAAAGAUUGAGAUGCCAGACAUUGAUAUUUCACUCCCCAAAGGAAAAGCAAAAGGAAAAAUUGAAGGCGAUAUUGGAAAAGGUGGAAAGUUCCACAUGCCAUCUAUCGACAUCUCUUUUCCUAAAGUCAAAGCCAAAGGUCCUGAAAUUAACAUUGAAGGCCCUCAAGUUGAAGGUGGGAAGCUAAAUAUGCCAUCCCUUGAUGUUUCGCUACCCAAAAUGAAGUCUCCAGAUGUAGAUGUCACUCUUGAGGGUCCUGAUGUCAAGGGAGGGAAGAUCAAAAUUCCAACUGCUGAUGUUUCACUUCCUAAAGGAAAGGUUGAGGGUGACAUAAAUAUCGAAGGCCCUGAGAUGAAAGGGGGCAAAUUCAAAAUGCCAAAAUUUGAUGUUUCUUUGCCUAAAGUCAGUCUCCCAAAGGCUGGAGUCGAUGUUGAAGGACCAGAUUUCAAAGGGAAACUUGGAAUGCCCACUGCUGAUAUUUCACUUCCAAAAGGAAAAGCAGAUGUGGAUAUUGACAUUGAAGGAAAAACUGGUAAAGGUGGCAAGUUUCACAUGCCUUCACUUGAUAUUUCUCUUCCUAAAAUCAAAGCAAAGGGACUUGAUGUGGAUAUCCAAGGACCUGAAGUCAAAGGUGAUAUGUCACUCCCUAAAAUCAAGUCUCCAGAGGUAGAUAUCAGCCUCCAAGGUCCAGAUAUUAAAGGGGGGAAAUUUAAAUUGCCCACUGUCGACAUGCCAUCAUUGGAUCUCUCACUACCCAAAAUGAAGUCUCCAGAUGUAGAUGUCACUCUUGAGGGUCCUGAUGUCAAGGGAGGGACGAUCAAAGUUCCAACUGUUGAUGUUUCACUUCCUAAAGGAAAAGUUGAGGGCAACCUUGAUGUUGAAGGCCCUGAAAUGAAGGGUGACAAGUUUAAAAUGCCGAAAUUCGAUAUUUCUUUACCAAAAGAGAGUCUUCCAGAAAGUGAUUUCAAAAUAAAAGGUCCUGACAUUAAUACUGGAAAGAUUGAGAUGCCAGAUAUCGAUAUUUCACUCCCUAAAGGAAAAGCAAAAGCAAAAGUUGAAGGAGAUAUCGGAAAAGGUGGAAAGUUCCACAUGCCAUCUAUUGACAUCUCUUUUCCUAAAGUCAAAGCCAAAGGUCCUGAAAUUAAUGUUGAAGGCCCUCAAGUUGAAGGUGGGAAGCUAAAUAUGCCAUCCCUUGAUGUUUCGCUACCCAAAAUGAAGUCUCCAGAUGUAGAUGUCACUCUUGAGGGUCCUGAUGUCAAGGGAGGGAAGAUCAAAAUUCCAACUGCUGAUGUUUCACUUCCUAAAGGAAAGGUUGAGGGUGACAUAAAUAUCGAAGGCCCUGAGAUGAAAGGGGGCAAAUUCAAAUUGCCAAAAUUUGAUGUUUCUUUGCCUAAAGUCAGUCUCCCAAAGGCUGGAGUCGAUGUUGAAGGACCAGAUUUCAAAGGGAAACUUGGAAUGCCCACUGCUGAUAUUUCACUUCCAAAAGGAAAAGCAGAUGUGGAUAUUGACAUUGAAGGAAAAACUGGUAAAGGUGGCAAGUUUCACAUGCCUUCACUUGAUAUUUCUCUUCCUAAAAUCAAAGCAAAGGGACUUGAUGUGGAUAUCCAAGGACCUGAAGUCAAAGGUGAUAUGUCACUCCCAGAAAUCAAGUCUCCAGAGGUAGAUAUCAGCCUCCAAGGUCCAGAUGUUAAAGGUGGGAAAUUUAAAUUGCCCACUGUCGACAUGCCAUCAUUGGAUCUCUCACUACCCAAAAUGAAGUCUCCAGAUGUAGAUGUCACACUUGAGGGUCCUGAUGUCAAGGGAGGGAAGAUCAAAAUUCCAACUGUUGAUGUUUCACUUCCUAAAGGAAAGGUUGAGGGUGACAUAAAUAUCGAAGGCCCUGAGAUGAAAGGGGGCAAAUUCAAAAUGCCAAAAUUUGAUGUUUCUUUGCCUAAAGUCAGUCUCCCAAAGGCUGGAGUCGAUGUUGAAGGACCAGAUUUCAAAGGGAAACUUGGAAUGCCCACUGCUGAUAUUUCACUUCCAAAGGGAAAAGCAGAUGUGGAUAUUGACAUUGAAGGAAAAACUGGUAAAGGUGGCAAGUUUCACAUGCCUUCACUUGAUAUUUCUCUUCCUAAAAUCAAAGCAAAGGGACUUGAUGUGGAUAUCCAAGGACCUGAAGUCAAAGGUGAUAUGUCACUCCCAGAAAUCAAGUCUCCAGAGGUAGAUAUCAGCCUCCAAGGUCCAGAUAUUAAAGGGGGGAAAUUUAAAUUGCCCACUGUCGACAUGCCAUCAUUGGAUCUCUCACUUCCCAAAAUGAAGUCUCCAGAUGUAGAUGUCACUCUUGAGGGUCCUGAUGUCAAGGGAGGGAAGAUCAAAAUUCCAGCUGUUGAUGUUUCACUUCCUAAAGGAAAGGUUGAGGGUGACAUAAAUAUCGAAGGCCCUGAGAUGAAAGAGGGCAAAUUCAAAAUGCCAAAAUUUGAUGUUUCUUUGCCUAAAGUCAGUCUCCCAAAGGCUGGAGUCGAUGUUGAAGGACCAGAUUUCAAAGGGAAACUUGAAAUGCCCACUGCUGAUAUUUCACUUCCAAAGGGAAAAGCAGAUGUGGAUAUUGACAUUGAGGGAAAAACUGGUAAAGGUGGCAAGUUUCACAUGCCUUCACUUGAUAUUUCUCUUCCUAAAAUCAAAGCAAAGGGACUUGAUGUGGAUAUCCAAGGACCUGAAGUCAAAGGUGAUAUGUCACUCCCAGAAAUCAAGUCUCCAGAGGUAGAUAUCAGCCUCCAAGGUCCAGAUAUUAAAGGGGGGAAAUUUAAAUUGCCCACUGUCAACAUGCCAUCAUUGGAUCUCUCACUACCCAAAAUGAAGUCUCCAGAUGUAGAUGUCACUCUUGAGGGUCCUGAUGUCAAGGGAGGGAAGAUCAAAAUUCCAACUGCUGAUGUUUCACUUCCUAAAGGAAAGGUUGAGGGUGACAUAAAUAUCGAAGGCCCUGAGAUGAAAGGGGGCAAAUUCAAAAUGCCAAAAUUUGAUGUUUCUUUGCCUAAAGUCAGUCUCCCAAAGGCUGGAGUCGAUGUUGAAGGACCAGAUUUCAAAGGGAAACUUGGAAUGCCCACUGCUGAUAUUUCACUUCCAAAAGGAAAAGCAGAUGUGGAUAUUGACAUUGAAGGAAAAACUGGUAAAGGUGGCAAGUUUCACAUGCCUUCACUUGAUAUUUCUCUUCCUAAAAUCAAAGCAAAGGGACUUGAUGUGGAUAUCCAAGGACCUGAAGUCAAAGGUGAUAUGUCACUCCCAGAAAUCAAGUCUCCAGAGGUAGAUAUCAGCCUCCAAGGUCCAGAUGUUAAAGGUGGGAAAUUUAAAUUGCCCACUGUCGACAUGCCAUCAUUGGAUCUCUCACUACCCAAAAUGAAGUCUCCAGAUGUAGAUGUCACACUUGAGGGUCCUGAUGUCAAGGGAGGGAAGAUCAAAAUUCCAACUGUUGAUGUUUCACUUCCUAAAGGAAAGGUUGAGGGUGACAUAAAUAUCGAAGGCCCUGAGAUGAAAGGGGCAAAUUCAAAAUGCCAAAAUUUGAUGUUCUUUGCCUAA